AUGGACGACUUAUUCGACGUAUUCGACGAGGCGCCAGCUGCUGCCCCAGCCAAGAUCGAAGAGAUUAAACAUGUUGAACACAAGAAGCGUCAAUCGGAGAACACCGCUAAGCAAACCGGUCCCAAAAAACAAAAGACCGAAGCCAAGCCAGAAAUCAAACCGGUAGUGUUUGACUCGGUUGAAAUUGAAGCAUCACGAGAAGUCGCCGUCUCAGCCGGCCUUCUCUCCUCUGCCACACCUACUCCUGAAGACAAGUUGAAGUUGCGCCAUCAAGUGCGUCACCAGGUGGCCAUCCCGCCUUCAUACCCUUACACUCCUAUCGCCGAACACAAGCGGGUCAAAGAAGCCAGAACGUACCCGUUCGUGUUGGAUCCAUUCCAGGAUACGUCUAUUUCCUGUAUCGAUAGAAACGAGAGUGUUUUAGUAUCUGCGCAUACUUCCGCUGGUAAGACCGUGGUGGCCGAGUACGCCAUUGCCCAAUCGCUCCGCGAUAAACAACGUGUGAUUUACACUUCUCCCAUCAAAGCGUUGAGUAACCAAAAGUAUCGUGAACUCCAGGCAGAAUUCGGCGAUGUUGGGUUGAUGACAGGUGAUGUCACCAUCAACCCUGACGCCGGGUGUCUUGUGAUGACCACCGAGAUUUUGAGAAGUAUGUUGUACAGAGGAUCGGAAGUCAUGCGGGAAGUAGCCUGGGUCAUUUUCGACGAGGUCCAUUACAUGAGAGACAAAUCGAGAGGGGUGGUUUGGGAAGAAACGAUUAUUUUGCUCCCGGAUAAAGUCCAUUAUGUGUUCCUUUCCGCUACUAUUCCCAACGCUAUGGAGUUUGCUGAGUGGAUAGUCAAGAUCCACAACCAGCCCUGCCAUGUGGUGUACACUGACUUCAGACCUACCCCCUUACAGCACUACUUGUUCCCAGCUGGCGGAGAUGGUAUCCAUUUGGUCGUCGACGAAAAGGGGACUUUCCGUGAAGAGAAUUUCCAAAAGGCCAUGGCCACAAUCAGUGACAACACUGGUGAUGAUCCUUCGUCGGCUGAUAAAGGAAAGGGAAAGAAAGGACAGACGUUUAAAGGUGGUAAAGGUGAUGCCAGUUCUGAUAUUUACAAAAUCGUCAAGAUGAUCUAUAUGAAACGAUACAACCCCGUGAUUGUCUUUUCUUUCUCCAAACGUGAUUGUGAGAAACUCGCCUUGAAAAUGUCCAAGCUCGAUUUCAACACCGACGAAGAAAGAGAAGCAUUGACCAAGAUCUUCCAAAAUGCAAUUAAUCUCCUCCCAGAAGCCGACAAGGACUUGCCUCAAAUCAAAAACAUCUUGCCGCUCUUGAAACGUGGGAUUGGGAUCCAUCAUUCUGGUCUUUUACCUAUCCUUAAAGAAAUCAUUGAAAUCUUGUUCCAGGAAGGUUUCUUGAAGGUGUUGUUUGCCACAGAAACCUUCUCCAUUGGAUUGAACAUGCCGGCUAAAACCGUGGUUUUCACCAGUGUGAGAAAAUGGGACGGUGUUGGAUUCAGAUGGGUGUCCGGAGGUGAAUACAUCCAAAUGUCAGGACGUGCUGGUCGUCGUGGGUUAGAUGACCGAGGAAUCGUUAUUAUGAUGAUCGACGAAAAGAUGGAACCGCAGGUGGCCAAGGGAAUGGUCAAGGGCCAAGCUGACAGACUUGACUCGGCGUUCCAUUUGGGAUACAAUAUGAUUCUUAACUUGAUGAGAGUGGAGGGUAUUUCUCCUGAAUUUAUGUUGGAAAGUUCGUUCUUUCAAUUCCAAAAUGCUGCUAGUGUGCCUGUCAUGCAAAAACUGAUGGAUGAACUUUCGGUCGAACUUGAACAGAUCCAAGUCGACGAUGAACCUACUGUCAAGGACUACUACGAGUUCAAGGCGCAAUUGACAAAGUACCAGGCCGAUAUGAGAAAAGUUAUUACUCACCCUGGCCACAUCUUGCCAUUCCUUCAAGAAGGCCGUGUUGUCAAGGUUAAAGUCGGCGAGCAUGAUUAUGACUGGGGGAUGGUUGUGUCAUUUGCCAAACGGAAUGCCAAGAACCAAGAUUUCACCCCACAUGAAGCCUACAUCGUCACUGUGUUUGUAUGUACCAUGUUUGUUGACUCGCCCGUGAACUUGAUCAAGUCGUUCAACCCCGUGUUGCCUGAAGGUAUUAGACCUGCUGUUCGUGGAAGUGAGAAAUCCAGGGCUGAAUACAUUCCAAUAACGUUGGACAGUAUUGAAAAGAUCAGUUCGGUGAGAUUGCGGGUUCCUUCUGAUUUGAAGUCUGCUGAGGCCAAGAGAAGUCUUGUGAAAACCCUCAAGGACUUGCCCAAGAGAUUACCGGAUGGAAUUCCAUUAAUGGAUCCAGUGGAAAGUAUGAAGAUUAACGAUAACGAGUUCAAGCUACUCCUCCGCAAGAUUGAUGUGUUGGAAGCCAAGCUCGUCAGCAAUCCAUUGCACAACACUGCCAGAUUAGCGCCACUCUACGAGAAGUACGCUUCGAAAGUGGAGAUUGAAAACAAGAUCAAGUCACUCAAGGAGAAGAUUCUCGAAGCCGAAGCCGUGAUCCAGCUCGACGAUCUCCGCAACAGAAAGCGAGUGCUUCGUCGUCUCGGGUUCACCAAGACCGACAACGAUAUCAUUGAACUCAAGGGCCGUGUUGCGUGCGAAAUCAGUACCGGGGACGAAUUGCUCUUGACGGAACUCAUCUUCAAUGGUAACUUCAACGAGCUCACCCCGGAACAGUGUGCUGCUCUUUUAUCGUGUUUUGUGUUCCAAGAACGGGCCAAGGAAGUGCCUCGACUCAAACCCGAGCUUGCGGAGCCAUUGAAGUCGAUGCAAGAAAUGGCCACGAAAGUGGCCAAAGUCAGUCGUGAAUGUAAGAUUGACAUUAUUGAAAAGGACUAUGUUGAGAGUUUCCGAGCAGAAUUGAUGGAAGUGACAUUUGCAUGGUGCAAGGGUGCUACGUUCUCGCAGAUUUGUAAAAUGACGGAUGUGUUUGAAGGGUCGUUGAUUAGAAUGUUUAGAAGGUUGGAAGAGUUGAUUAGACAGUUGGUUAUUGCUGCCAAGGCCAUUGGAAAUUCCGAGUUGGAAACCAAGAUGGAAGCCGCUUUGGAAUUGGUUCAUCGUGAUAUUGUUAGUGCGGGAUCCUUGUACUUGUAG